AUGGGAAGCAUUCAACAUCCCCAGUCGGCGACUACAGUCUUUCUAGACCAGCCACCCAGUUGCCUGGAGUUCUGUCCCGAGGCCCCAGACUAUUUCAUCGUGGGCACCUACCUUUUAUCAGAGAACAAAACUGAAGAUGGAGGAAUCGAGCAGUCCAAAACUGGGAGUCUACAACUAUGGAAAUUAGACCCUGUUAGCAAGACAUUAUCCCAAAUCCAACGAAUUGCCCUCCCAUACGCAGUCUUUGACCUGCAUUUCCACCCAAGACACAAGAACCUAUUCGCAAUUGCAAGCAGCGUGGGAUCAGUGGCUCUAUUCCAAGUAUCCAACUCCACCACCGGAGACGCAUCCGCAACUCCAACUCCAAGCAUCACCGAGAUAUGGACGAAACAAGUACACGAAGACCCCUCAAUCCCAGCCCUAUUUCUCGCCUGGGCACCGCAAAACUGGUUCCCGCAGCUCGCAGCCGAUGGCUUCGCCGUCACAUUCUCAGAUAGCCGGACAGCCGUCUUCGGGACAGAGGAGGACAUCCGCCAAGAACAGAGUGUAGCCGAAUGGGGUACAUACGAAGCCAAACAGAUGAUCGAAGUCUGGUUUGUCGCAUUGUCCACAAGCACCGGAAGCCCAACUGCGAAGUCCCCGAUCCCGUUCAUGUUCACGGGGAAUGACUUCGGCUCGCUACACACGCGCCGUUUCGAUAAUACCGCCGAGUUGGAUGAUCCGGACGAGCAUGUCUCGCCCAUGCUGCUCGAGCAUGAUGAUCGCGCCCGCCACCACACUGCUGGUGUCACUGCUAUCUUGCCUCUUGAUGUUCCCCUGGUCGAUGAUGCGCCGGUUCUUCUGACGGGGUGUUAUGAUGAGAGUCUUCGUGUGUACCAUGCUACGCGGAGGGGAGAGGUUCUCGCUGAGCAGGGGCUUGAGGGUGGGGUUUGGCGACUGCAGUUGUUGGAUACGACGAGGAUUCCGGCCGAGGAUGAUGCGUCGAAGGUAUCCGAGUACCGCUUUCUGGUGCUGGCGAGCUGUAUGCAUGCCGGGACGAGGCUUGUACGGGUUACGUGCAAGUACGAAGAUAGGGCUCCGAAUUGGGAGAUUGAGGUUCUGGCGAAGUUUACUGAACAUGAGAGUAUGAAUUAUGCUAGUGGCGUGUGGGAGGGUGGACAAGAUACUACUGAGAUAUUGUGCGUCUCGAGCAGUUUCUAUGAUCGCAGGCUCUGUGUCUGGACUGUUGAUCUAUAG